AUGGCAGUGCUCCAAUUUCUAGCACGGACAAGCCAAUUGCUGGUUAUGAACAUAUUGGAGACUCAAGUGCCGAAAAUUUUUCGACACCCCAUCGGCUCACAACCCGCGAAAUCACGCAAGUCGUCGAUGAUUUUAGACUGGCUGCCAAAAAUGCCAUCGAAGCAGGCCGUGUCGCGGGAGAUCGGGCCCCACAGAGUUGGCAUCCGUUUAUCCCCUUACGCCGACUACAACGAGUGUGGGCACUCGGACCCCAACUCCUUGAGCUUACACAUGGCCGAGGCCCUCAAUGAGUACGACAUUUUGUAUUGCCACGUGAUCGAGCCAAGAAUGGUGAGAGAGGACCGGGGGAAUGAGGUCUUGAGACGAGGUGAAGCUGAUCUUGUCGCGUACGGUCGCCUGUUCCUGGCGAAUCCGGAUUUGCCAAGGAGAUUCGAGCUCGGUUCAAAUCUCAAUGCAUAUGAUAGGAGCACGUUCUACUCGAGUGAUCCUAUUAUCGGUUACACAGACUACCCAUUUCUUGACGAUGGACCUUAG